CUAGACUCCUAGCAGUGGUGCCCGAAAGAGUGAAAAAUUCUUGCGUUUAAUUUAUCGUGUUGUUUCUACUUGUUAUUUUUCUUCGCAUUGCGUCCUCUUUCUCUUUUCGAUGUCGCAACAACAGUAUGAAGCCAAAGCUUUCUGUCGCAGAGCUGCUCUGACGCGCCCCUUUACGACGAUGUUCCUGUUGCUGAGGUGGACGCCUUUCUUAUUCUACGUAGGCUCAACGGCAGACGCAGAAGCAGAACAAGGGCACCCGCCGCUGGUGGAUAAGACCGAAAAUCCUUGGACCAUUUCCGUGAAGUUCAAACACGACAUCGUGAAUUUUUUCGCGACGGAGCUCCGUGAAUACAGGCAAAAAUUUCUUGAAAGCCACGAUAAUCACUAUGAUCCCAACGCUGGUGGACGACCUCCAGACGCCGAAGAUGCAUCCGACAGUAAAAAGAGCGCGACGAAAGAGUGCCAGAUUGGGAUCGAGUUGGGAGCGCAUGUCGGUUUGACCACCGGGUUUUUGGCGCAGCACUGCCACCAGGUUUGGGCCCUCGAGAACAGCAUCGCGGUUCUGGAGCAGAACAUGGCAAACAAUCAGGCGCACGACAACAUUGCCUACUUUGAGUUCCACUCCGUGUUGGACGAUUGGGAGGUGAAAUUGCCAAAAAACCACUUGCUUUCGGACUCGGUUUCUUUCGUCCUGGUGGACGCCGCGCACGACGUCGCCAGCGUCUUGAACGACCUGGAACAGGCUGCAAAACUCGCACCCUUUCUCGUUUUGGACGAUUAUGGCGCCGAGCAGGGCGUGCGGGAAGCGGUGGAAAUCUUCGUGGAGCAGAGAAAGAUAUCAAGUGGAAAAGUACAUGUACUUAAGUACAUGGUGGACAACCGUCGCCGUGUACGUGUCGACGUGAAUUUCCAAGAAAAUGCAGACACUUCGCACGAUAUAAGUAUCAUACAUUGAAGACCUGCGUUCUGAAUAAAACUCGGUGCCCUAUGCCUAUUUGCAUACGGCGACCUCUACUGUGAUGGCCAGUUAAAAACUGCUACAAUUACUAGUACGGUGCUUUUGCACAUAGCAUACGAGAAGGCUAAGCGAGUGCGCUACCUCGGCCACACGCCCCCCUGGACGUUCGAGGAUCGCACGAUAACCGCUGGACCGGAGGGGCUGUUGCUGCAGGUUACCGACUUCGUCACCGUCGAACAGAAGCGAUGCCUUCUCGGCUUCGCUGAGGGGCAAGAUGAGCAUCAAGGGCACGACCAGGUGUACGCGCGGGCUCGAAAGUGCCGAGUACCGGUGGAGCAAACAGCCAGCGUGGUGCAGCAGCAGGUCACGCUGGCCGUGGGGAAGGUGUGGGACACGACCUGGUACCUGUACCCUACCGGGGUGUUCCUGUCGGGCAAUAUCGCGCUCCAGGGCCGCAUUGAGCUCUGGGCGAAUCAAACGGGCACGAUUUCCUUGUUUCCCUCCGGGUCCGCCUCACCUGCAGAAGUGGCGCAACUUGAGUACCGACCUGUACUGGACGUUUCGGGCCUGGAGAACAACUUUGUGUUGGCCACCACUGACGCCACGCGACGACGUUUUCAAGUGAGUUUCCAAAGCUCCUUCCAGUCUGGCAUGCUCUGGUCCUUGGCAGACGGACAGCAAAGCGCACCGCUUUUCGUCAUGAUCAAGUCUUCGCUCGUGCGGACCAUAGGCGAAAAACUCUUAUCUGCACUCUAUUGACGAGGACACUCUACGUGGAUUUGGUGGAGAAUUGUGAGUCCUCCCAUCAUUUUACUUGAACUCGAAAGGCAGAGAGACGGUGACAGUGUUGUCGGACUUGUAGGUCUUUCUUUCCUUGUCGUUGUCGUUGUGAUCCCAAUGGUCUGCAUUUGUUCGAAUCAAUGUGCAUCGGUACAAAGACUUGGAUAUGUGAAUGUGCUCAAACUCACAGUAU